AUGUCCAAGAAGUACGACAGAGACACCAAGAGUGAAGCCAACCUGAGAAGGAGCUACUUCAAGCUCGUUGACCAGGAGAAACAGGAGUCUGCACAGCCUCGAGAAUCCAAGGGAUUGUCUUUCCAGGACCGUUUGAAGUUGAAACACGAACGCAAAGAGCGCAAGAGACAAAGUCAGAUUGAGAAAACUAGAAAAACGUACCAGAAACUAAAAGAGUCGGAAAAAACCAGAGAAGUGCAGUCGAAAAAGCUACAGAAAGCCAAGACCAGAACGGGCCAGCCGCUCAUGGCUCCGCGGAUCAACAACCUGCUCGACAAGAUCAAGAGCGAGGUGUCCAAAUAA